CAUAUUUGCUCUCAAGUCAAAACUCUUCUAUUUUCCCCUAGUCUUCAUAUCCAACAGAGAUCUCUUCAUGGCUCCAAUUACUGUCGGCGAUGUUGUACCAGACGGAACUAUCUCUUUCUUCGAUGAAAAUGAUCAGCUUCAGACCGUCUCCGUUCACUCUAUCGCCGCCGGUAAAAAAGUCAUUCUCUUUGGUGUUCCCGGAGCUUUCACUCCCACAUGCAGCAUGAGCCAUGUGCCUGGAUUCAUUGGGAAGGCAGAGGAGCUGAAAUCAAAGGGUAUUGAUGAGAUCAUUUGCUUUAGUGUGAAUGAUCCAUUUGUGAUGAAGGCAUGGGGAAAAACAUACACAGAAAACAAGCAUGUGAAGUUUGUAGCAGAUGGGUCUGGAGAAUACACACAUCUUCUUGGACUUGAGCUUGAUCUCAAGGACAAGGGUCUUGGUAUUAGGUCAAGGAGAUUUGCUCUGUUGCUCGAUGACCUUAAGGUGAUUGUAGCCAAUGUCGAAAAUGGUGGCGAGUUCACGGUUUCCAGCGCAGAGGAUAUCCUCAAGGCUCUCUAAGAAACUUUAUCAUUCGCUUGUUGUAUUGUGAAUCUAAACCGCUGUAUGUGAAGAAGAGAAUUAUAUAGCCUGAUUUCAAUCAACAAGCAAGUGUUUGACUUGCUUGGCAUAAUAAAGUAUUUGGUUUUGG